AUGUCUGUAGCCCGCAAGUAUAGCGUCACCCUGCGGGAGCUGGCCGACCUGGCCAUCGGCACCCCCGAGGUGGGCGCCGUCAACUUCAAUGCGCUGCACACGCUCAUCGUGGCUUUGCUCACCCACCUGAACCUGCUGAGCGUCAAUACCGACUUCCACGCCCCGUCCCCGAAGGACAGCGCCACCAAGCUGCCCCCCGAAGGCACCUUCCCGCCCGAGGCCAAGAAGCCUUUUCUGCCGGCCCACAUGACCCGGAGGAGCAUCACCCUCUUAGAGAAUCAAAUGAAGGAUGUGGACGGGCAGCUCAGGACCCUGGAAAACCAGGUCCACGACAUUGUCACCCAUUUGCAGAACUACGGCAUCCCCGUGCCCACGGCCGCUGGCAGGGCCCCGGACACCCGGCCCAGGGCGGAAGAAGCUAAGUCCAAAGUGACCCCGAAGACCAAGAAGGAGGAAUAUGUCGGCCUGGGCAAAGACCAGAUCCUGCCAGCCGCGCCAGAAGGGCCAUCGUUGACACUCAGACCACAGGUUCCAGAGCCCACCAAAGAACGGAGAGACGAGAAAACCCUGCAGGACCUUCUCGAGAGGGCGCAGGACUACUUCAGUAUAAGCCCUCAGAAAAUCAUCCAGCGGGUGGACGAGCUGGAGAAGUUGAUCCACGAGCGCGAUGGUUUCCUGGAUGCCAUGGACCGGAAGCUGAGUGUGAUGCCUAUGGGGGAUGAAGUCACCAUGGUAACCUGGGAGGAUCUGGAGCACGCCAUCACCGACGGCUGGAGGCUCUCCCAAGUAGCCAUUACACCCCUUGGGGAAGGAGAGGAAACAGCUGUAGAACCUAGUAAGUCCAGAGAGGCAGUGCUGAGUACCAGCGGUAUCUCCAGGCACAUGGGCAUGGACCAGCUGCUCGACUAUGGUGUCACCAAGGAAGACCAGCAACGUAGAGGCAGAGACUUCAUCAUGCCUGCCCCUGAAGGUGCCAGGGCCCAGGCCCCAGCUGUCUCCCAGUUGAAGAAGGAUUCAGAUCACCGCAAGCCCAAGCAGAAAAUGAUGGGGGAGCAGGACCAGGUCCCCAGCCUAGGCAUCUCGCCGCCUGGUAGACCCUCCAUGGCCCACAUGCAGCCGUACAGAGCCUUCCCAGAAGACCCCAGACUAAUGUCCCUCUCCCCGGAGGAGCUGUCGCGGAUCCAGGCCACCUACUACCAGCAAGGCCUGAUGCCCAUGGGCAUCGCUCAGCAGCGCGUGAUGCCCAGCCUGGGGAUGGCUGAGCAGGGAUUGGCCCCACAGGCCAUGAGCCAGCUCGGGGUGCCACCUUUGCCAGCAAGCAGACAACAGCAAAUGUUUCAGCUGCCCAGUCCUGAGCAGCCUGACGAGCAUGUCGUCAUUUCCCCUAGUUUGGUGGAGAUUGCCGAGCGCUCGCAAGGCGUGGCUCAGCCGGGAUUGGGAAUUGCUGGCCUCAUCCCAUCUGCCACAGGCAUUAAUGCAGUUCAGCCUGGUUGGGGCCAGCCUAUUAUGGUUCAGCCUAGCAUGGGGCAGGUGGGUGUGGGCCAGCCCGGCGUGGGGCAGGUGGGCAUGGGCCAGGUGGGUGUAGGCCAGGUUGGUGUGGGGCAGGUGGGCAUCGGCCAACCCAGUUUGGGGCAGGUGGGCAUGGGCCAGCCCGGCAUGGGCCAGCCCGGAGUGGGGCCGGUGGGGGUGGGGCAGGUGGGCGUGGGCCAGCCCGGCAUGGGGCAGGUGGGCAUGGGGCAGAUGGGAGUGGGCCAACCCGGAGUGGAACAGGUGGGCGUGGGCCAGCCCGGCGUGGGGCAGGUGGGCGUAGGCCAGGUUGGUGUGGGGCAGGCGGGCAUGGGCCAGCCUGGCAUGGGGCAGGUGGGCGUGGGGCAAGUGGGCGUGGGCCAGCCCGGCAUGGGGCAGGUGGGCGUGGGCCAGGUUGGUGUGGGGCAGGCGGGCAUGGGCCAGCCUGGCAUGGGGCAGGUGGGCGUGGGGCAGGUGGGCAUGGGGCAGGUGGGCAUGGGCCAGGUUGGCGUGGGGCAGGUGGGCAUGGGGCAGAUGGGCGUGGGCCAACCCGGCGUGGGCCAACCCGGCGUGGGGCAGGUGGGCGUGGGCCAACCCGGCGUGGGGCAGGUGGGCGUGGGCCAACCCGGCGUGGGGCAGGUGGGCGUGGGCCAGCCCGGCGUGGGGCAGGUGGGCGUGGGCCAGCCCGGCGUGGGGCAGGUGGGCGUGGGCCAGCCCGGUGUGGGGCAGGUGGGCGUGGGCCAGCCCGGCGUGGGCCAGCCCGGCGUGGGGCAGGUGGGCAUGGGGCAGAUGGGCGUGGGCCAACCCAGCGUGGGGCAGGUGGGCGUGGGCCAACCCGGCGUGGGGCAGAUGGGCGUGGGCCAACCCGGCGUGGGGCAGGUGGGCGUGGGGCAGGUGGGCGUGGGCCAGCCCGGCAUGGGGCAGGUGGGCCUGGGGCAGGUGGGCGUGGGCCAGGUUGGUGUGGGGCAGGUGGGCAUGGGGCAGAUGGGUGUGGGCCAACCCGGUGUGGGGCAGGUGGGCGUGGGCCAGCCCGGCGUGGGGCAGGUGGGCGUGGGCCAGCCCGGCGUGGGGCAGGUGGGCGUGGGCCAGCCCGGCGUGGGGCAGGUGGGCGUGGGCCAACCCGGCAUGGGGCAGGUGGGCGUGGGCCAGCCUGGCAUGGGCCAGCCUGGCAUGGGGUCAGUAGGUGUGGGCCAGCCUGGCGUGGGGCUGGUUGAUAUGGCUCAGCCUGUCCCGGGGCAGGUGGGCGUGGCUCAACCCAUCGUGGGGCAGCCUGGUGUGGGCCAGCCCGGCGUGGGGCAGCCUGGUGUGGGCCAGCCCGGCAUGGGGCAGCCCGGCGUGGUCCAGCCUGGCGUGGGCCAGCCCGGUGUGGGCCAGCCCGGCAUGGGGCAGUCCGGCGUGGGCCAGCCCAGCGUGGGGCAGCCUGGCAUGGUCCAGCCUGGUGUGGGGCAGCCCAGCGUGGUCCAACCUGGCGUAGGCGGUCCUGGCAUGGUCCAGCCCGGCAUGGGGCAGCCCGGCGUGGUCCAGCCUGGUGUGGGCCAGCCCGGCGUGGGGCAGCCUGGCAUGGUCCAGCCCGGCAUGGGGCAGCCCGGCGUGGUCCAGCCUGGCGUGGGCCAGCCCGGCGUGGGCCAGCCCGGCAUGGGGCAGUCCGGCAUGGGGCAGUCCGGCGUGGGCCAGCCCAGCGUGGGGCAGCCUGGCAUGGUCCAGCCUGGUGUGGGGCAGCCCGGCGUGGUUCAACCUGGCGUAGGCGGUGUGGUCCAGCCUGGCGUGGGCCAGCCUGGCAUGGGGCAGCCCGGCAUGGGGCAGCCCGGCGUGGGCCAGCCCGGCGUGGGGCAGCCUGGCAUGGUCCAGCCUGGUGUGGGGCAGCCCAGCGUGGUCCAACCUGGCGUAGGUGGUGUGGUCCAGCCUGGCGUGGGCCAGCCUGGCAUGGGGCAGCCCGGCAUGGGGCAGCCCAGCGUGGGCCAGCCCGGCAUGGGGCAGCCUGGCAUGGUCCAGCCUGGUGUGGGGCAGCCCGGCGUGGUUCAACCUGACGUAGGCAGUGUGGUUCAGCCUGGCAUGGGCCAGCCCGGUGUGGUCCAGCCCGGCAUGGGGCAGCCCGGCGUGGGCCAGCCUGGUGUGGGCCAGCCCGGCGUGGUCCAGCCCGGCGUGGGCCAGCCUGGCGUGGGACAGCCCAGUGUGGGGCAGCCCGGCAUGGGCCAACCUGGGGUGGGUCAACCUGGUGUGGGCCAGCCUGGCCUAGGGCAGGCUGGCGUGAUCGAAUCCGGUGUCGGGCAGCCUGGCAUAGUCCCACCUGGCAUGGUCCAGCCCAGCAUGGUCCCACCUGGCAUGGGGCAGCCCAGCAUGGUCCCACCUGGCAUGGGGCAGCCCGGCGUGGGGCAGCCCGGCGUGGGGCAGCCUGGCGUGGAACAGCCUGACAGUGUUCCACCUGGCAUGGGGCAGCCUGGCAUUGCCCAACCCAGGCAGCCCGGCGCGGUCCCGCCUGGUAUGGUCCCUCCUGGCAUGGUUCAACCUGGCCUAGGGCAGCCCGGCGCGGUCCCGCCUGGUAUGGUCCCUCCUGGCAUGGUUCAACCUGGCCUAGGGCAGCCUGGCGCGGUCCCGCCUGACCUGGUACUGCCCAACCUGGAGCAGUUGAACAUUUGGUGCAGCCGGAAGAGGGUCCACCUGGGGCAGUACAGCUUGGCCCCGAUUCAUAUGGUGGUAUUCGACCUGCUAGAGUUAGACCUGGCCUUGGCCCACCAGGAGUCUCUCCACGUGAGCUGGGCCCACCGGGUACCUAUCCACCUGGUCUGGGCCCACCAGGAGCGUAUCCACGUGACCUGGGCCCACCGGGUACCUAUCCACCUGGUCUGGGCCCACCAGGAGCGUAUCCACGUGACCUGGGCCCACCGGGUACCUAUCCACCUGGUCUGGGCCCACCGGGCACCUAUCCACGUGAUCUUGGCCCACCUGGUGUCUAUCCACCUGGUCUGGGCCCACCUGGUGCCUAUCCACCUGGUCUGGGCCCACCGGGUGCCUAUCCUUUUGGUCUGGGCCCACCGGGAGACUAUCCACCUGGUCUGGGUCCAGCAGGCGCCUAUCCACCUGGUCUGGGCCGACCGGGAGACUAUCCACCUGGUCCUGGCCAGCCUGGUGCCUAUCCACCUGGUCUCGUCCAGUUGGGGGCCCAUCCCCAUGGCAUGGAUCAACAAGACAGAAGAGCUGAAGACCCCGCACAAGAGCACUGACAGCCUGAGACGCACCUCCCAAGUCUCAGCUGAUGCACGUCAGGAGAGACGCGAGUCACUGGAAAAGUUGGAGCCAAACUUCCCUAUCGCUGUGGAAACAUUCCGUACCAUGGGCGAGAUCGUUGGCCUCUACACGGAGCUGAAGGAGAAAAUGAAGGAUCUGGAUGAGAGAGCUGGCGAGACGGAGUUGGAUAAAAUCCAGUACCUGCUGGAGCGGAUGGUUCAAAAGAGCAUCCCCGCAGACCUGCAGGAGCAGCUGAAAACCUUGAAGAGUUUGUCAAAAGAAAUUCGGCAUGAAAAACUUAAAGUAAGUAAAUAUGAGAGGCUCCUGGAGGGCCAAGCGGAUGUGGAUUUUGACCGGGAGCCUGAAGCUGGCAAUCUGGGCUUGCAGCUGGGCUUGCUCAGACUCACCGUGGCGAACAUAGAGAACGAGCUGGCCGAGCUGAGGAAGAGCCAAGAGGUCGGCAAGGAGACCCUGGAGCAAUCAAUGUCUGAAGCUUCCCUUUAUCUGCAGGACCAGCUGGACAAGCUCAGGGCCAUCAUCCAGAACAUGCUGGCCUCGUCAUCCACGUUGCUGUCCAUGAGCAUGGUCCCUCAGAAGCCAAAGCCACCCGAGAAGCUGGCGGCUACCCUGGCACCGGGCAAGCUGGACCCUGAGGCCACGUGCCCCGCCUGCAGCAUGGACCUGGGCCACCAGGUCAGCAUGUUGGUGAAGCGCUAUGAGCACCUGCAGGACAUGGUCAACAGCCUGGCUGCCUCCCGGCCCUCCAAGAAAGCCAAGCUGCAGAGUCAGGAUGAGGAGCUGCUGGGCCACGUGCAGAGCGCCAUCCUCCAGGUGCAGGGCGACUGCGAGAAGCUCAACAUCACCACCAGCAACCUCAUCGAGGACCACCGGCAGAAGCAGAAGGACAUUGCUGUGCUGUACCGGGGCAUGGAGAAGCUGGAGAAGGAAAAGGCCAACCGGGAGCACCUGGAGAUGGAAAUCGACGUGAAAGCCGACAAGAGUGCCCUGGCGGCCACCGUGACUCGCGUCCAGUUUGACGCCGCCACGGAGCAGCUGAACAAUAUGAUGCAGGAACUGGUGGCCAAGGUCAGCGGGCAGGAGCAGGACUGGCAGAAGAUGGUGGACAAGAUCCUGGUGGAGAUGGACACCAAGCUGAACCGCCUGGAGCUGGACCCUCUGAAGCAGCUGCUGGAGGACCGCUGGAGGGCGAUCCGGCACCAGCUCAAAGAGCGACCCCCGCUCUACCAGGCCGACGAGGCGUCCGCCAUGCGCAGGCAGCUCCUGGCACACUUCCACUGCCUCUCGUGUGACCGGCCCUUGGAGACAACGGUGACUGGACAACUCAUCCCCGUGACGCCCCUGGGACCCAGUAUGCCCGGGCACCGCUCCAUUCGGCCUUACACCAUCUUCGAGCUGGAGCAGAUCCGGCAGCAGAGCCGCAGGUACCCCACCACCGCGACGCUGUCCCGGGGCGACGUGUCCCAGCGGGAGCGGAGCGUGGGCCGGCUGCGCACCAUGCACUCCAAGAUGCUCAUGGACAUCGAGAAGGUGCAGAUCCACUUCGGGGGCUCGGUCAAGACCAGCAGCCAGAUGAUCCGCGAGCUGCUGCAGGCCCGCUGCCUGCACUCGCCCUGCUACAGGCGGGGUGCAGACAUGACCAACUACACGUACUCGGCAAUCCCGCGUCACUGCGGGGGCAGCCACACCCUCACCUACCCGUUCCGUCGUGCCCGCGCGCAGCAUCCACAGCACCUGCACUCCACCGAGGAGGUCCAGAUUGCCAUGAAGCACAGUGAGGUGGACAUCCUGGGCCUGGAUGGGCACAUCUAUAAGGGGCGGAUGGAGAUGAAGAGACUCCCGAGCAUCCGGAACAGGGAGUCCGAGGCCAGCCCAGUCCCGGGGAAGAGCAGGACCAAGCAGUCCCGGUCACAGCCGCACCAGACCCUUGGCGAGCUCAGCCAGCUGCUGCGGCCCCUGAGUGCGCAGAUGACGCUUAGAGGCAGCCUAGCUCCAGGGCGUCAGCGGAAAGACAGACCCAUCUCCUCGGAGGGUUACCUGACAGAUCCGGAGCAGGUCCAGGCCACCCCGCCCAGCCACCCUAGCGACCUGGUCCCCACGCCGCUGCCGCCGCUGCCCCAGGUCCCGCUGAGCAUGCAUCCCCGAGAGGGUCCGGAGGAGCCCACGCGGGGCCCCCGCUCCACCGCCGAGGACAGAGCAGCGUCCUCAGACACAUAA